CCUUAACACACUUUUUUCUCUUUCCUUCUCCGACAGUUCUUUUUGUUUUGUUGUGAACUCGCAGCUUCUGUGUCAUCUUCUUUCUCUCUCCAUCUCCUAUUGUCUCAUCAUCUUCAUCAUUAUUCCCCCUUUCCACAGAAAAAAUUAAAGCAGAAGCCUGAAUUCCUUCCUUCGGAUCUCAAAUUUUCCGGGCAUUGAUUGGUUUCUUGAAUGUUCAGAGGAAGACAGAUUCUUGGAGAAGACCAAGUUUAUGGCGAUCGAUGUUGUCUGCUCAUCCUCGGAAUCUCCGAGGUCUGGAAUCAGUCCGAGAAUCUCUUUCUCGAACGAUCUGGUUCAGACAGACGGCUGCAAUGGCGGCGAACUCAGAUUGGAUUCGACCCUUUUGGAUUCGGGUUCGGAUUUUGACUUCUGCUUCGGCUCGGGUUGCUCUGUGCAGGAACUCUCCUCGGCCGAUGAGCUCUUCUCCAAUGGCAAGAUCCUUCCUGUCCAGAUCAAGAAAUACGAAUCUUUUUCUCAGAAACCAGUUCGAGUUCAACGAUCAUCUUCUCUCUCAUCAUCAUCAUCUUCGUUCUGUAACCAGAAGGCGACAGAGAAGAAGAGGCUGAAGGAGCUUCUUCUGAAUCCUGACUCAGAUCUCGAAGACAAGCCCUCGUCUUCAUCUUCACUGUUUCUACAGUUGAAGAGAAGCAUAAGCCUAAACUACGACACGAGUCGUGGCAAGGGGCUCAUCAGAUCGCUGCAGUUCCUCACACGAAGCAAUUCCACGGGCUCUGCUCCAAACCCUAAACCUAACUUGCACCCCAAGGAAACCCACCACCACCAGAAGAUCAAGAACCAGUCUCUCCCCAGACGGCCUUCACCCUUGAGAAGAUCGUCUUCUCUCUCGAACUCAGCCCCACACCUUUCAUAUCACUCUGUUUCAACCCCGAAACCGUUUCACAGACACAGCUUCGGAGGUUAUAACAAUGGCAGCGGAGGAGUUCGAGUGAGUCCCGUCCUGAAUUUCCCUUCGCCGACGUUUAUGUCAAGUUCCACGGUCGGAUUCUUCGGCCUCGGGUCACUUUGUACCGGUAAGAUGAACAGGAGAACAAGAUGAUACCAUUUCCAUUGUUUCUUUUUUUUUUGUUCUUAGAGAAGAUGGGUAAAAUUUUCAGACAGAAAAUGUUUUUUUUCUUCAGUUUGUUUAAUUCAUGGAAUAUUGGCAGUAAAUGUGGGGUUUAUUCA